AUGUGCUGCACCGCACUGAGGCUAACUGACGGGUUGUGUCAGUCAGUCGAUGGAUGGUUCCGCUGCAGAGCAGAAAAACGGGCGAAAAGAUCAGUAAAUUAACACCUCCAGGAGAAUUAACCCUUCAACUAAACCCUAACCCGUCAAGAGGAAUAAACCUACUGCCAGGCCCUACACACUGAGUGUAACUGAGGGCAGCAGAGAUGUCGGGCUCCUACGAUGACUCCAUGAUCGACGUCUCCAGUGAUAGCUUCUGGGAGGUUGGUAACUACAAACGAUCAGUGAAACGGGUAGACGAUGGCAAUCGGCUCUGUAAUGAUCUGAUGAGCUGUCUUCAUGAGCGGGCACGUAUUGAAAAGACCUACGCACAGCAGCUCACAGAAUGGGGGAAGCGCUGGCGGCAACUCAUAGAAAAAGGCCCUCAGUAUGGUACGUUGGAGCGGGCGUGGACCGCUCUGUGCACAGAGGCGGAGAAGGUGAGCGAGCUCCACAUGGAGGUGAAAUCAGCACUGAUGGGAGAAGACUACGAGAAGCUGAAGAACUGGCAGAGAGACUCGUACCACAAACAGAUGAUCGGCGGCUACAAAGAGACUAAAGAGGCCGAUGACGGCUUCCGCAAGGCUCAGAAACCCUGGGCCAAGAGACUCAAAGAGAUGGAGACAAUGAAGAAGUCCUAUCACUCUGCCUGUAAAGAAGAGAAGCUGGCAGCCAGCAGGGAGACCAACAGCAAACUGGAGAGCAACAACAACCCCGAAGCCCAGAAGAAGCUCCAGGAAAAGGUGGAGAAGUGUCAGCAGGAGGCGCAGAAGACUAAAGAACGCUACGAGAAAUCCCUGGAAGAACUCGACAAGUUGACCCCUCAGUAUAUGGAGAACAUGGAGCAGGUGUUUGAGCAGUGGCAGCAGUUUGAAGACAAACGAAUCCGCUUCUUCAGCGAGCUGCUGCUGGAGGUUAAACAGCACCUGGAUCUCUCAACCAAUCACAGAUUCCAGACAAUCUACCACACGCUGGAAGACACAGUCUCUGCUACUGAUGCCGAAGACGACCUGAAAUGGUUCCGGUCCAAUCACGGCCCCGGCAUGCCAAUGAACUGGCCCCAGUUUGAGAAUUUGGACUGGUCCGAUCCUCGCUCCUUUAAGAGAAGGUCCAUUGUAGACUGGUCCAUAGACCUGAACCGAACCCUCAGCAGACGAGAAAAGAAGAAGCCAGAGGGCGUCACACUGACGGGCAUCAGUCAAACCGGGUCAGACCAGCCGGUCCAGCCUGCCAAAACCAGCAGCAGCCUGACUGUGCCCACUAACACAGCGGCAGUGGGCUCAAACCCCUUUGAUGAAGAUGACGAAGAGGAGGAGGAGGAGGAGGAGGAGAAGGAGGAGGAGAAGGAGGAGGAGAUGGAGCAGCAGACCACAGUCAACCACAUCAGUGUGAAUAAAGAGGAAAUAAAAACUGCGAGCAGUAUGGAGAAGACUGCGGACUGGUCCGAUGAAGACACAGGUGGUAACCCGUUCUCCGCCAACGGCGACGGGAAUCCGUUCGAAGAUGAGCCGGCUUCUCCGGUCGUAUCUGUGGCUGUCAAAGCCCUCUAUGACUAUGAAGGACAGGAGCAGGAUGAGCUGACCUUCAAAGCAGGGGAUGAAUUCACCAAAAUUGGCGAAGAAGAUGAUCAGGGUUGGUGCAAAGGCCGGCUCAAGGACGGAAAAACAGGCCUCUAUCCUGCUAACUAUGUGGAAGACACCCAGUAAUGAAUUAUCACAAAUGAAUAAAUGUGAAGAAAGAAGAAAGCGAUGUGUUGCAAAGUGACUGCCGGCUGGAAACGAGAAAGGCUCUGCCUUAUUUUUAACUCCCUGUUGGUGAAGACUGGACGAGUGUUGGAGGAGGACGGAGGAGAGAAGUUGCAGAUUUAUUAAAGGACCACUUGAGAUGUUGUUGCUUGCCACAGAUAUGAAAGAUGGAAAUGAACAAGUUUCCAGAUGAUUCCAGGCGAAGAAGAUCACAGAGGAAAAAAUUGCUGUCAGCGUAAGAUAUGUUACUUAGAAUCCCAUUUAUGCUGUUACAAAAAUAAUAGCCUUUCAAGUAGAUAAAAUGAAAUUUAUGUGUGAACUUAUAUAUUUUGUUUAAACGAAACACUGGGAUGACACUCUGACAAAUCGUCUUGCGAUGUUACAUGCAGCCUUCAAGCCACUAUGGAUUCAUUAAAGGGAGAUGACCCUUUUUUAUAACCAUAAUUAUCUAUUUUAGGUUUGAAACCUGUUCCUGAAUCCAGUCCAUAAAUGUUAAUUGUUUUUGACAAAGUAGGCCCUUAUAAUGGGAUUAUUGUGUCAGGUUUAACCUGAUUUUAAAUUAGUGCUUACGUUGUUCUGUCAUUCCUUUCAGGGUUCUGUUUGUCCAUUCAGUUCAUCAACUGUUCUGGUUAUUUUAUAAGGAAUGAUGAAGAUCAGUAGAGCCGUAUCCUGAUGUAGUCUUCAUUUAGUUCACAGUGGGUGGGUUCCUCUAGUCACUGCAAUUGAAUGUAUAUUCACUGAUUGUAUUUUCUCACUUAUGGAUUGUUCACUUUAGGUGAGGUUGGGUUUUUUUCAAGCACUGACCCAUUAAUGAACCCCCAGAACAAACUGUCCUCAAGCUCUUCACACAGAUCUCUCUAUUGAUCGUAAUACUAUAUGGGUUAUUUUUCACGCAACACUGAAAGUUUAUCUCACUUGAAUCUCCAUGUUUUAAUUUUCUCACUUCUUGUUUAAACGUCAAGUUAUGGGAGAAUAUUUUCUGUUGUUUUUUUUUAAAAUAUAUUACAAUUUAUAGCAAUAAAACCACAGCCGAGUAUGGCGCCGCAUACCUGCAUGUAAAUAGCCUGGACGGAAUGAAAUAUUAGAACAAAUUAAGCAUCGAUAUCAGAUGAUAUGUAGUUGGAAAUUGAUGAUUGUUAAUUUAUGAUGCCACAAGUGCUUUUGUUCUACUCUUGUUAGAAUGCUGUGACUGAGAAUCAGUUUGUAUAGUAAUUGAAUGUUUUAUGGCAAAUAUCCCUUGAAUCUGUUAUUUUGAUAUAUUUGUAAAUAUGAUUAUUUUUCCCAUCACAGACGGCCAUACUCAUUGAAUUAAUCAACAAAAUAUGUGAAUUAUUGUCAAUUUUCCCCUUAGGAGCCAUGACAUGAAUGGAUAUACCUGAUUUCAUACACAUGUUUGGCUCAUCAAGUAUUUCGUAGGCUUGUAUUUCUGCAGGCUUUUCACUUCUCAUUAAUUGCCCAAUAUGUAUCAAUGAAAUCAUUGCUCUCAAAAGCUAUUUGAUGCCUUUAACUGCAGCAUGAGAGGAAGAUGAAUUUUGUUGUCUUUAAUAAUAGUGAGAAAGGAGACGUUUUGCCAUGUUUUCAGGGCAUGCUGUCGUCAAAACGCAGCAACAGCUGUACUUGCACAGUAAGGUUUGUAAAUGUUGUCCCACAACAUAAUAAAUGAAUUUAUUGGAAAAAAA